AUGAUGAAGUUACUGAUUGCUGUAUUGUCAUCAACGCUGAUUGCUUGUUCAGUUACUACAGCUACUCCAGUUAAUCCCAGCGCGACUGCAAACCUUGGAUCUAGUUCCACAGCUAUUUACACUGCAACUGCAACUACUUAUCCCAGCACUUCGACAUUUACUGGUUUAGAUGUAAACUCGGUUAAUUGUGGUGAUUAUUCAAGGGAAACAAAAGAGGCGAUCAAAGGAUAUGCAGAAGCGAAAUAUGAUGUUGAGCUAAUGGGUGAAAAGUUCAGCUCGCUAUUAGCAGAAAUUACUAAUCAAAAAACAAUGUUAAUUUUCCUGCGUGGAAAAGUCAGGUCAGUAUCUAAAACUAAGGCAGGUGAUGGUAGUCCAGACUAUACGGAAACUCUGUCACUCAUUCAAGAUGGGAAUGCUGCUCUUGCAAACCUUGAAAACCAGCAGGAAAUAUGCGUUGACCAACAUUCUGUUUUGUACGAGAAGAUGCGUUUAACCGAACAAAAACUUUCAGGAAUCUUUUUUGAUAUUUUCGACUUCGAUUUUGGACGGGUUGAUAGGUGCAUAAAACGCCUUUUAGCAAGCCAGAUUUUUAUGGGCUGUUUUAAUCAAUUUUACCCUGGCACACCGGUUCAUCAACAGGCUCUGAGCGUGUCUCCACUAGUGGAGCACAAGUGUGAUGAUCACAACCUUGGUUAUCCAUGA